AUGUCCAAAACCCAUCAAAGCCAGAAUAGUCUACAGUGGCAGAAUAUCCAUAGUGAUUCCGCUUUCCCUGUGGAAUCCAUUGACGUCUUGAGGUCUUCUCCGAAUGGAAGUCAUCAUAUAGUCAAAGCUGUAAAAGAUGGCAUUAAUGCUUUUGAUGCUACCCUAAUCGCUGUUGAGGAUGAUAAAGGUGGAGUCCACCCACUCACCAACCCGGUCCACAAUGAACAGGACAUCGAAAGCAAUAGCCCUAUUGUACUUAUUCCCAGUAUUCUUACAUUUCCAUGGCAACCCAAGGUCGGCUCACAUCAGUACAGAAUUAAGGCAACAGGUGGCAGUGGAAAUUACAGCUGGUCUUCCUCCAACGCUAGUGUGGCCACAGUGACUAUCAAAGGUGUAAUGACAACAGCUAGUAACAUUGGUGUCAGCAUAAUUUGUGCUGAUGAUAUGCAUAACCCAUUCAACUGUGGAGAGAUGAUGGUAUAUGUUGUUGAACCUGUGGCACUGGUCUUUGCUCCAUGCCAAGUGGAGGCACGAGUGGGCACGACUCUGGAAUUACCGCUGAGGAUGUUUGGACGACUGGAGAACAGGAUGGAGCAAGUCAUGAUGAGUGACUGCUCCCACUAUGACCUGCAUGUUAAUGAGUUACUUAAAGAUCGACUUGCUCCAGGCCAGGGCUACUGCAGUGGAGUAAGAGUCAAAGCCCUGGUUCCAGGUUACACCAUACUCUCAGUCAGCUACACCCAAGGCAAUGUUCACCUAAGUGCAAAGAUCACAAUUGCAGCUUAUCUUCCACUCAUUGCAAUUGACCCUGUGUCUGUGGCUGUAGUGACUCUGGGUUCCUCUAAAGACAUGUUGUUUGAGGGGGGGCCUCGGCCCUGGGUUCUGGAUCGCUCUAAAUAUUUCUGUGACUUGAAAGCAGAAAAUGAAGAAAGUGUGAGCUUUGCACUGAUCAGCCCAUCAUCCCAUAAGUAUGACCAGCACUUUGUCAGAGCAACCUGCAGGGCAUUGGGAGAGCAGAUGCUGGAGGUGAUGAUGAGUAACAAGGCCAGUGUGACCAACCCUUAUCCUGCCAUCGAACGGGCAUCUGUAAAGUUUGUUUGCACUACUCCGUCACGCCUCACCCUGGUUCCAGUGUACACCAUCCCACAGCUGGAUAUACCCUGCCCCUUGCUGCAGCAGAACAAAAAUGUGGUUCCAGUUUCAAUUCACCGCAACACAGUCUUGGAACUUGCAGUUUUUGAUCAACAAGGGCGCAAAUUUGACAACUUCACUUCUCUGCGGAUAGUUUGGGAAUCAACCAAAGUUUCCUUGGCCAGUUUCGAGUCUACUCCACCCACGACCCUCCAACUAUUUCAGGAUGAAAACAAGCAGAUGAAACUACAUGGACGGAAGACGGUUGUUGUCCAUCAUCAGACAGGGAUUGCUUUCAUCACUGCGGCAGUACAGGAUUAUCAAUUUUCCCAUAUCGAAACAGCCAAAAUUAUUCGUCGAGAUGAAGUAGUCCACCCUGUUUCAGCAACAUUGGAACUCAUAUUAAUUGAAGAUGUGAAUGUUUUUCCUGACACAUUAACCAUAUACAACCACCCAGAUGUGCGGGUUACUCUCACCCUGCAAGAAGGUUCAGGACACUUUUUUGUCAACACCAGUGUCAAAGAUAUCACAAAUGUGGUACUGGAGGACACAAAAAGAGCAGUCCAGAUUGCCCCCAUCCAGGCAGGGGUGGUACAAGUGAUGAUUCAUGAGCUCUGUUUGGCAUUACCAUCAACAGCCAAAGCCACAGUGCAUGUUUCUGACAUUCUAGAGGUGAAUUUGAGGGUCAUCGACAAGAUGGAAAUUGGUAAAUCUGUAAGAUGUUAUGUCAGAGUGUUGGAUGAUAACAAGAAACCAUUCCCAGUCAGCUAUUUCCAAUUAAUGAAGUUGAACGUGAAGGCAGCGUCUUCAAUAGUCAACACAAUACCACUAGCAGAUUGCACAGAACACAGUGCAGUUUACCAAAUAAAAGGUGUUUCUUUGGGCCAGACAACUUUGUCAGCUGUGGUCGUGGAUAAAACGGGGAGAAUAUUUUCAUCUGCCCCUCAACAAAUUGAGGUAUUUAUACCCUUUCAACUGAUGCCCAGGAAAAUGACUCUGCUGAUUGGAGCAAUGAUGCAGAUCACUUCUGAGGGUGGCCCUCAGUCCAAUAUUCUCUUUUCAAUCUCCAGUGAAGCCAUUGCUUCUGUCAACGGCAUUGGUCAGGUCAAGGGUAGGACCAUUGGUAGUGUCACUGUAACGGGACUCAUUCAAGCUGUCGAUGCAGAAACUGGAAAGACGGUUGUUGUGUGGGAGGAUCAAGUAGAAGUUGAAGUUGUGCGUUUGACUUCCAUUCGAAUUAGGGCACCCAUUACAUGCAUAAGGAAGGGAGCGCAGAUGCCUGUGUAUGUUAUGGGUUUGACUAACAGUCAGACGCCUUUCACGUUCGCUAAUGCUGUACCUCAACUAACCUUCCACUGGUCCACCACUAAAACAGACAUCAUCGAUGUUCAGUCAAGACACACGAUGGCUAAUAUAGAGCUCAACUCUGAACACAAUUUCAGCAUGAUGGUGAUUGGUCAAACAAGAGGGCGGACGGGGCUCAAUGUCAUCCUCAAAGUUUCUGACCUCAGUGCCGGUCAACUUACUGGUAAUCUUGCAGAACUCAAAGAUGAGAUCCAAAUCGAGGUCUUAGAGAACCUACACAUGCUUCAUCCCACCAUCAAGACCAGAGAGAUACUCAUGGCUCCAAACUCAGUCCUAAAACUCCAAACAAGUGGGCAUGGCGCGGGUAUAUUCUCGUACCAGAUACUGGAUGGAACUGACCUGGCUGCUGUCGUGAAAGUCGACGAUAAGGGUCUGCUCUUCUCGGGCCCACUCACUGGCAGUUCGUCACUGCUUGUUACCUCACAGGAUUCCUUUGGUGUCAAUCAAACUCUCAUCAUUACAGUAAAGGUAUUGCCUGUGUCUUAUGUGCGCUUCACUACCAGUACAGUGUUGCAUACAUUCUCCAGGGAGACCCUGAAAGCCCUUCCCUUAGGCAUAGUGCUCACUUUCACUAUUCACUUUCAUGCCAGCACUGGAGAGGCCUUGCACUGCUCGAAUAGCCAUCUCAUCUUCUCCACUAACAGGAAUGAUCUGGUGCAGGUGGAAUCUGGCCCUGAUAACCAUGUCUUGACAGUAAGGACGGUCAACGCAGGCCUCACACUGCUCUCUGUGUAUGACACUGAAAACACUGUUAUGGCGGACUACAUUCCGCUUCCUGUUGAGCAUGCCAUCCUGCCAGAAGAGUCCCAGACGCUGGUUGUGGGUGACGUCAUUUGCUUUACUGCUCAGCUGGCCACUCAAGAUGGAGGCCAUGGUACUUGGAGCUCCUCAGCCAAUUCCGUGCUCCAGGUAGACUCCAAAAUUGGUGCAGCUGUCGCUAGAAGCAAUGGGACUGCCACUGUUUAUUAUGAGAUACCUGGUGUUUUAAAAACAUACAGAGAGGUUAAAGUGGAAUCAGCUACAAAGACAAGUGAAAUUGCACAGACCUUACCAGUGAGAUUUGGAAAUCAGACCGAAGUCCGACUCAAAACCAGAAAACAAGGAAUCAAUCUCAUUGGUACCUGCUCCUCGUUCCAGACAAAAGCCAUAGCGCAACUGCAACCAGAGAACUCUGUCACCUGCCAACUCAGUUUUACCAGCGAUGCUGUCAAUUUGUCUGCUAGCAGCGUCUUCAAAACACACACCAGCUUUGAUCCCAACAUUGGAUUAUACACAUGUUACAUGACCUUGCAGCCAAUCGCAGACCAGCUGACCAGAGUUCUGAGUAUUUCUAUGACCAAACUACUGCUGAAGGUUAGCUUGGAGGGCAGCGCCUUCUCUGGGGAGCAGGUCAACAUCAGACCGCCCAUAGAGCCCGGCCUCUACUCUGACCUGACUGAGCUGAUGCUCACCAAUCUGCACCCAUCGACAGUGCUCACAGUCUUCGGUCCAGCUUCUGCCCUUGCUGACAUGAAGGUGGUCUCCAGUUCACCCGACAUUGGUAUUCGAAGAAUUGAGGCAGACAGCGGCUUCCCACCUCACUUGAAGUACACCAUCAACGCUUUGAACCUCCGAGCAGCUGACUCUACUUCCAUUACCAUUAGCAGUGCCUCCUUGGGUCAAAGUCUCAUCAUCCCAGUCACUUUGAUACACUUGGCUGAGCCUGAUGCAAGCACGCAAGCUGCUGCACCACUUCGCACAGAGGAGGAUACCUCGCGCGCUGACAUCAUCAAUCUGAAGAUGCAGUUCUUGUUGUUUGCUAUGCUAGCAUGUACAUCCAUCAUCUACAUUGGUAGGGACCUGAUCAGCGCGCCCCUCGUCGGAUACUUCUGUCAAACCCAGCCUUUCAAACUCCCAGCUGACAGCUACACACGUGGCAGCCAGAGUGUUCUUCACGAACAUUCCGCCUCCUGCCUCGCUUGA